AUGGUGAGUACAGACACUGAUAACUCAAUGGUGGGUACAGACACUGGUAACUCAAUGGUGGGUGCAGACACUGGUAACUCAAUGGUGGGUACAGACACUGGUAACUCAAUGGUGGGUACAGAUACUGGUAACUCAAUGGUAGUGGCUAACAUGGAGGACAGGCUCGUGAAAGGACAAACCACAAUUUUUAACGACAUUGUCGUAGAGCGAACUAGAAGAUGUCACCAGAACGACGUUGAAAAUGUCAUUCCGUUUGUAUUGGUGGGCGUUUUGUACGUCCUGACAGAACCAGAUCCCUGGUGGGCUGCCUUCCAUUUCCGGAUGUUUACGUUCUGUCGUAUUUGUCACACACUUGCUUACCUUUUCGCAAUUCCUCAACCAGCGCGUGCUUCCAUGUUUGGUUUUGGCUGGUUCACUGUAGCUUCCAUGGGUGUGUCUGUACUCCUCCGCGGAAAGUUCUGAGCAAUCUUUGACAAUGGAUUUAGAUUUUGAUUAAAUAUUGUGUUUAUGACAGCAGGGAUAUGUUAAGUGUCUAUGUGUAAGUAAGCAUUUAUUGGCUGGUUUUUAAUGCAAAUUUGUAGUGUUAACUUGAAACUGGCGACACGUAACAUGACUACAUGGGCAUCUUUCGGCGUGUGUUUACUGCUUAACAAGUCAUCAUGAACACGUGUCAAAGAUGCUCCAAUUAAAAAGAGCUUCAUCUC